CAAUAGGCGUACACGAGAGCUUCAGCCACAUAACUUUAAUGAGGAAUAUCCACAUGCUUUUUCAAUCCAUUUUUUAUUUCCUUUUCAUCUUAUCGUCGCUGUUUGAUCCGCUUAAUUCUAAGUGUUGUCUUUACCGGACUCCAAAAACCACCAGCAAACGCUCGCUGCGGAUCUUCAGUAAGCGUUGGAUGGACGUUUUCUGAACCCUCAGUUCAUGAUCGGAUGUUUAUUAACAUAUUAUUAACAACUGGGUCAGUGCGCCGCAGCGGGAUAUCGGACGUCCCAUCGAUUUGAGGGACCGGGGCACAGAUUUGCCGUCGGCCGCGGUGCCUGACCUCUUCACAGCAAUAGCAAUAAAUUUAUUUAUUUAUUUUUUAAAAGCAGUAAAAACUGCUGCGAGCCGCUGCCAGGUCGACAGAGCUCAAUCUGCGCAACUGCACAUCCCUCCAAAUCAAAGACAGAAGGCUGCAGCAGGCACGAAAAGCUGCCGCAGAGAAAGGUGGAGGAGAGCGCAGCGGACCCAGAGGAAUGCGUCUUCACGUGAAGCAACGAUAGGAGCGGAGGGGGAGGAAAAGCUGCCAGAAGACAAGGAUAUUAUUAUUAUUAUUAUUUUAUUUAUUUAUUUUUUUUGUCGUUGCUUGCAACAGUAGCAGCAGCAGCAGAGAAGGGGAUGAUGAUGGUGAUCAUGGUCGGAAGGGGAUGUUGCAAGCCCAGGUUAGGAAAGCGCGGAAACAGGACGGGGAUCUUCCCGUCCCUGUGCGGGAUCCUGGCGUGCGCCGCGGUGCUCGCGCUGCUCUUCUUGGACAUCAUUGAGACGUGGGUCACCUCGAUGGGCAUGAGCAGGGCGGUGGAGCCGCAUGUCGCCAUCGUCUCGCCCCAGAGCCUACCCCCCUCCAGACCCGAGGAGUUCCUGCUCAUGCCCAGCCCGCUCGUGUGCCAGCGCGCCAAGCCUUACCUCAUCACCAUAGUGACCUCGGCCCCUGCCAAUCAGCGGGCUCGUCAGGCCAUCAGAGACACCUGGGGUGGACAGGUGGAGGUGCGGGGCCUGCGGGUCAUGACCCUGUUCAUGGUGGGCGUGGCCUCUGACCCCGGCCUGGGAAAGCUGCUGAUAGAAGAAGCCAGGGAGAAAGGGGACGUGAUUCAGGGCCGGUUCUUGGACUCCUACUCCAACCUUACCCUGAAGACCCUGGCCAUGCUGGGCUGGGCCCGCAGGUUCUGCCCUCAAGCUCACUUCAUGGCCAAGGUGGACGAUGACGUCUUCUUCAAUCCCAGCGUUCUUCUGCAUUUCCUAAACAAAAGCCGGAACCCUUACGAGCAAGGGGACUUGUACCUGGGUAGAGUCCAUCUCCGUGUGGCCCCAAACCGCGACCCAGACAGCAAGCACUACCUCCCAUCAGGGGCCUAUCCUUUGUCUGUGUUCCCCGACUAUUGCAGCGGCACAGCCUACGUCUUUUCUCGCUCUGCAUUGCUCAAAGUUGCCCUUGCAGCAUCGGCAUCGCCUCUGUCCACUCCUCUACCCCCCGAGGAUGUGUUUGUCGGCCUCUGCGCCUACGCUGCUGGAGUGCGGCCCUCACAUUGCCCUCUCUUCGCCGGGGGUCCACCUGUGCCAUACGGACGCUGCUGCUAUCAAGCUAUGGUGUCCGUCCACCAAAUCACACCCAAGGAGAUGCUGGACUACUGGAAAGAUGUCCAUUCAUCCCCCACCUGCUCCUGGCUGAGUCAGCGAGCUUCUCUGGGGAUGUGCAAAGUCAGGGCGAUGCUGGGCUCAGCCCUGGGCCUGGAGAAAUGACCGUGACUGCUAUUAGGAGGUUAUAGGACUCACUGGCGCUCUGCCUCGCACAACUGUUCUACAAGCUGUGAAUCUACCUGCACUGAUAGCAUUUAGGCUAAUUGUCAUCAUUAGAGCUUUAUUUUUAUAAGAACGUCGAUUUAUUUUUUCCCCCCUCAGAAAACAGAAUAAUUUCAGGUUUUCUAAGUUUGUCUCACAGCAUCUACCUUUGACAACAUGCAGCUGAGAAACAAAUAUAAGCAUGCUGCUUAUACAAUUGCUCAUGAUGAAUGGACAUAUGGAGAAAUGCUUUCAGACUCUGACAUCUGAGUCCAAUAUCAAAACGUCAAGAUAAGGAGUUUGUUGCAAACUUCUUUAAUUUAGAACUUAGUCUAAAAGCCUAAAUGCAUGUAUUGCAAAAUAAUAGCAUUAGAUUCAGUUCCAUAAAACAGCACAAAUGAAGUCCACUGGAAAAAUACUCCAAAAAUAAAUUAAAUUUAUAACCUGUAUUGUCUGUAUGACAUUUAAAUGGUGGCACUUAGAAGAAUGAUAAAAAGUGAGGUUUAAAUUAUCAGAUCCAGUGACUGAAAGUGAUUCAUCUGAUAGCUGUCUCACAAAUGAAGAGUGGCACUAUACUGUUAAUGGUGAAAUAAUGUCACCAAGGAUGCGCUACCAUUUUGGUGUGCCUUGUUAAUAAAAAUAAAUGUUUAUUAUGAACAUGAUGUUUACAUUUCCUGAGUGUUUUUUGUUUCUUCUUUUUCUCACUCGGGAAAUGUAUGAAUCGAAUUCUUGCAUCAAUAAACAAUCACAUGUGAGAUGAAA